AUGGCAGAAGAUAAAGGGGUAACGAUUAAACUUAAAGAAAACCGAAAGGCAAAAGAUGGUACUUAUGGAUAUGCUGCCGGAGGUGAUAGGACUAUUUAUGUCACAAGAGAUGAAGAACCACCUGGAUCUAACUUUACCAGGUAUACUCACAAAGAUGAAAAUAGCCAGCCAUUCAGACUACUAGCAGUUAAAGAUGAUGAUCACAGGGAUAGCGUAAUCACAGGAUCUGGUAUGGAUAAGGUGACUUCUGUUUCUGCCUACUACUGGAGACAUGAGGAUUCUAAGGAUGGGAAGCCUAGUAAGGUUCUCAUGGUGGGAGUUACCACCACUGGCAAUACAACUAAGUAUUAUGGCAAUAGAAAGAGUGCUGAUGGUAAUAAUGAGUGGACUAGACUUCACGGAGGUUCUCAACCUAAUUUAAUCAAUAAUGAUCUUGAAAGAACACUAGAUGAUCUAGUUUGUCUACAUUACAGUGCAGUUAUAGUAGAUCUUAGUAAGAGUGUAUCCAUGAGUGGUAAUAAGCCAUAUUGUUGCCGUUGUGAUAAGCAUAGUGUGACAGAAAGGAGGAUCACCGUUCAAGGGCUUAAAGUUCCAGUUGGUUAUCCUCAGAUCGAAUACUUCAAACACACAAUUAUCGGUAGUCAUAAACUUGCAAGGAUAAGGUACUAUUUCAAUGAUGGCAGUAGUGAUGUUAAUUAUACUAAUGAUCAUAAGAAAAGAAGACGUAUAAAACUUACUAAACAUGAAUUUCCUCUUCCUAAUGUAAGAAGUGUCUCUGCAUUUUACUGUAGCAACAAUCCAGUGCUUAUAUAUGUUGAAGGUGGAAGCCCCCAGACAGUUAAUAGAUGGUUUAAAAAACCUGCUAGUAACAGUAAUACAGAUGAAGAGUGGACACAAGUCCUUGAUGACCUCCAAAAUAUAGCGCCAGAAAACAUUACCGACUGUGACAAAUUUAACAGACUUAAAGGUGUACUAAGUUGUGCAAAAGCUGCAGUAUGUAAAGAGCCUCCUGGAACGAAAGUAUCCUUUGCACCUCCUCCUCCUCCUCAACAUGGAGGUGCUGCUGGACCUACAGGGCCUUCCGGUGAUAAAGGAGAUGCUGGACCUAAAGGUGAAUCUGAACAAAAACCUGGUUCUAGUGGUACUCUUGAUCCAGAACAUCUUGGACAGAAUGGAGUUCAACGUGAGGAAGUCCCAGCUGCUUACUUAUCUGACCAGGUUCCUGAUACAGAGUCUGAGACUAAGAUUCUUCUACAAGGUACUCCUGUGGCUCAAAUGGCUGAAGAUGCUAUUGAUGGUGAAAGACUAAAACAUAUUAUUGUUACUCCUGGUAGAGAUGGUGAUCCUACUCCUGUAUCUGCUAGUGGAUCUGGUCUUCCUGGACCUACUGCUUCUAUUGAAUCUCCUAGAGAUGCUCCUCAACAACUCACUGAGAAGGGUACUCAUACUGUUCAUAGUGGAAGUGGUAAUUCUGGAAAUAGUCCUGGAGAAUUAGGUUCUAUUGGUAGUACUAAUCCAUAUGGUGAAGCAGAGAUAUCUCAAUUACAAACAGAUUCUGGCACUGCUCUACUUCUUAAAUAUCCUGGUGAACUAAAGGUUGCUCUUCUAUCUGCUUCUUCUGGAUUCUCAUCUACAGAAGAAGAACAACGAGAACUAUCACGUGCUGAAAAAGCUCUUCAAGAGAAGGGGAGAUCUAGAAGCCCGAGUCCAAAAAUAAAAUCUCGCAAAGGUUCCCAAGAUCAGAGCCUUGAGCAGAAGGAAAAAACCUUAAAAGAAAAGGAGCCAGAGGAAAUACCUCCAAAAACUCCUCCACCAGCAAUUCCAUCACAUAAAGGACUAGAAGAUGAUCCAGGUUCCCAAGAAGAAGAUGAACUUAGAAAUAAAAAGGUCGAUCAAGAGAAACUAGGGCCAGGUAAACCUAAAGAGGUUAAAACUCUAGAAACAAAGGAGCAGGAAUAUAAGGAGCAAAUAGAAGAAGCUGAAAAGGUUAAAACUAAGGAAGGAGAGAACGAUACUAGUCAUAGUGGCGGAAUUCCUCUUGAAUCUCAACCUUCUGCUGGAUCUCCUCCUGGACCUGCCGCUAAAGCUACUCUCUCUACUUCUGAUACUCCUCAAUCUAAUACUCUCUCACCUGGCCAAGCUAAUCCUCAAUCUCCUGGUGAACAAACUCAACCUGAAGAACCUCCUGCUACUCCUAAAGCUUCUAGAUUUGGUGCUGAACUUGCUACUGCCGGUCUUGGCAUAUGGGCUAUCUCUGGAAUAUCCUCUGGCACUCUUACCGGAGCUGGUGGUCUUACUGGAUUUGGUUGGUGGGCAUUUAAACGUUCUAAAGGAGAUCCUUGGGUUAGACAAGUAUAUCUUAUGGAUGGUAACAUGCUCAUUAUAUUGAGUAUGCAUAGGUUCACUUGUGGACUUUUGUUCCCUAGGGAACAUCAUUCAUCUACACUAACCAUUCUACUCACACCAGUUGGGACAUUAAGAGGAAGAGAGAGGUACAUAAAAUGUUAG